AUGCGUUUCCGCACUCAAGUGGUCAACACCGCCACUCUUACCAAACUAGUCGGCUCCCUAUCAUCCCUCGGCAAACUCUGCUGGAUGCGCCUGGAGGAGUCUGUCGUGCGCUUCACCAUAAUCCCUGACCAAGGAACGCAAGUAUGGGCGCAAUUGCCUGUUGAGUCCAUCUUCGAAGACACAGACUACACGCUCGAGUCCAACACAGGCGUAAUAAACCUUGAAGUCCCGCUCUCCGCGCUCCAUCGCGCAUUACGCUCCGCGGCAGGCGCGAAAUGGGUGCAGCUGCGGCUCACGAAGAAGGGCAAGGUGCCGCUUUUAGCACUGACUAUCAGGACGAAGAGCUGGACCAAGGGGGCGAAUCCGUUGGGGAUCGGGAAUGGCAGUGACGCCGCACCCGUUUUGUCAUCAGAGGAGGCAGGGACAGGCACAGGCACAGGAGCAGGCGCAGGGACAGGGACAGGGACAAGGGCGGGCUCAAUGGGUCCCCCAGCAGCACCAGCCUCAGCAACAGGUCGGCGCGAACGCGAAACCUUCAUCACGCAAGAAGUCCCCGUAAAGGUCAUGCACGAGAGCGCGGUUGAGGGAUUGCAUGAACCGCACUGCCGCGAUCCAGACGUCCACAUCAUCUUGCCCGACCUAUUCCAAUUAAAGAGCAUCUCAGAGCGCUUUACAAAGCUAGCAGCAGACUCUACGCCCAAGGCUGCAGCCGCUGCAGCCGUAACGUCGAUAACGACGGACUCAGGGCCACUCGGUGGCGCAGCUACCGGCAUUUCGCCGAAACUGGAGCUCUCGGCGAACAUGCAUGGCUCGCUGCGUCUUGCUGUUGCAACAGAUACACUGCGCAUCUCGAGCGUGUGGAGUGACCUUCACAAUCCUGCGCUUGAUCCUAGUCAGCUGUCGCAGAGCCAGAUGGAUCAAUUGCCUAGUGAGCGGAUGAAGGCAUUUGCGGGGGAUGAUGAGGCUGGGUGGGCGAAGGUGAGAGUUGAUGGGAGGGAUUGGGCGAAGGUACUUAGUGUUGGGAGGAUGAAUCCGAAGGUUGUUGCUUGGUGGCAACGAGAUGCGUGGGCUGGAUUGCUGAUAAAUCGGUUGACAGGCUUCAUCCAUGAGACAGCGCUGGUCCUUUAUGUCUAUCCUCCUAGUGGAUAUGAUGAGGAGGAUUCUUGUCUAACGUACUAUAUCAACUCCUAUAUGAAUUAA